UCCAAAAAGACCGCAUCGAUUGCUGUAGUAACCGAACGCCCACCGCGAAACAGGCGCCGUGUUUUCUUUCUUUCCUUCGUCACCUCUCUGUUUCGAGAAACAGGGGAGAAGCGAUCGAUGGAGGAGGAGGCGUCGUCAGGGUGGUGGUGGACGUGGAGGGCGGCGGCCGUCGCCGCGGCGGGGGCGUGCCUGCUCCUCCUUCACGUGGCGGCGCGGGUGGCCGACGCGCUGUGGUGGCGGCCGCGGCGGCUGGAGGCGCACUUUGCGCGGCAGGGGGUGCGCGGCCCGCCGUAUCGGCUCCUCGUCGGCUGCGUCAGGGAGAUGGUCGCGCUCAUGGCGGAGGCGGCCGCCAAGCCCAUGUCGCCGCCCGACUCGCACAACGCGCUCCCCAGGGUGCUAGCCUUCUACCACUACUGGAGGAAGAUCUACGGGCCGACGUUCUUGAUAUGGUUCGGGCCGACGCCGCGGCUGACGGUGGCGGACCCGGAGCUCGUCCGCGAGAUCCUCCUGACGCGCGCGGACGCCUUCGACCGCUACGAGGCGCACCCCGUCGUCCGGCAGCUCGAGGGCGACGGCCUCGUCAGCCUCCACGGCGACAAGUGGGCGCUCCACCGCCGCGUCCUCACCCCGGCUUUCUACCCCGACAACCUCAACCGGCUGGCCCCGCAAGUCGGCAGGUCGGUGGCGGCGCUGGCGGAGCGGUGGCGGGUUAUGGCCUCCGCCGGCGGCGGCGAGGUGGAGGUGGACGUGGCGGAGUGGUACCAGGCGGUCGCCGAGGAGGCCAUCACACGCGCCACGUUCGGCCGCAGCUACGACUCCGGCCGCGUCGUGUUCCGCAUGCAGGCGCGCCUCAUGGCCUUCGCCUCCGAGGCUUUCCGCAAGGUCCUCGUCCCCGGGUACCGGUUCUUGCCUACCAAGAAGAACCGGCUGUCGUGGAGGCUGGACAGGGAGAUCAGGCGGGGGCUCGUCACGCUCAUCGGGCGGCGCAGCGACGAGGCCGAUGUGGACGAAGACGCAGAGCUCAACGACAAGGUGGGCAACGGGUUUCGGGACCUGCUGGGGCUCAUGAUCAAUGCAGCCGGCAAGAAGGCGGAGGCACCGGCGAUACCCGUAGAGGACAUGUUGGAGGAGUGCAAGACGUUCUUCUUCGCCGGCAAGCAGACGACCACCAACCUGCUCACCUGGGCCACCGUGCUCCUCGCCAUGCACCCGGACUGGCAGGACCGCGCCCGCCGGGAGGUCCUCGCUGUCUGCGGCGCCGACGAGCUCCCGUCCAAGGAGCACCUCCCCAAGCUCAAAACGCUGGGCAUGAUCCUGUACGAGACACUGAGGCUGUACCCGCCGGCGGUGGCGACCAUUCGCCGUGCAAAGCGCGACGUCACCCUCGGCGAGCUCGCGAUCCCUUGCGACACCGAGCUGCUCAUCCCGAUCAUGGCGAUCCACCACGACCCCAAGUUCUGGGGCCCCGACGCCACCCAGUUCAACCCCGCGAGGUUCGCCGGCGGCGCGGCCCGGGCAGCGAAGCACCCGCUGGCGUUCAUUCCCUUCGGGCUCGGGCCCCGGAUGUGCAUCGGCCAGAACCUGGCGCUCCUGGAGUCCAAGCUCACGCUGGCGAUCGUGCUCCAGCGGUUCGAGCUCACGCGCUCGCCCAGCUACGUGCACGCGCCGACGGUCCUGAUGCUGCUCUACCCGCAGUACGGCGCGCCCGUGAUCUUCCGGCCCGUCUCAUCUCAGCCCUCCGUUUCCAACUGACCCGGUGGACAACGACAGAUAAAAGAUGGAAUGACCCUUUUGCUGUGCAUAUGACUCGUAGGGAUAGGGAACAGAACAACCAAGAAAACCACUAACAAAAGCCUGUCCUGGUCUCCAAGCUUUCUGGCCGGCCAGUUGCCGAAAAUGCCCUCGUUGGAAGACUAGACCAGAGCAGAGCAGAGCAGAGCAGCAGCACCUUCUGGACUUGACGAUGGCGUCGUCGAACACCAACAAACCAACCCCACAUCCUCUGUUGGGCCGCGUCCAUUUGUUGGCUUCUCCUUCCAUGGAUUCUUUCUCCUUCUCUUGUGUAUGCAGCAGCUAUGCAUAUGUGAUAUUUGUACAGGUUUAUUUGUUUGUUUAUUUAUUCAAGUUUUUGUAGCAUACAAUCGAAAGAGAGUCCAAAAACAGCGCAAAAGGAAA